CAGUGUCCCUUUGGGCGGGUGUUGUGCUGGCUCUGUCAGCCGAGCAUGGCCCCGGCUGCAGGACAACCCCGCUGGCGCCGCCGUCCUGCCGGGGCCGGAGUUGGGGGGAUGUCCUUGGCCUUCCCUGUGGGCCGGAGGCAAAUCCCCUGCCUGUCCUUCUUGCUUCCUGCCCCAGGCCCCGAGCUGAGGACGGAGAGCCCGGAGGACAAAUCCCCCCGUGAGACCCUGGUGGGAGAGGCCGUUUUGAAGGGCUCCCCGGCGCAGGAAGGCAGCGGGGAGGAAAAGGGCCGGAGAUCCCCCCACAGGAGGGGCUCCAAAGCCAUCCCAGGGUGCUCUGAGGAGGAAAGAGCCAGCCUGUGCCGGGAAGGCGGCCGGAGCUUGAGGGGGAGCUCUGACCUGGUGGUCCCUGAGCAUCCUCCCAGCAUGGAGAAGCCCUUCAAAUGCUUGGAAUGUGGGAAGAGCUUCAGGCAGAGCACCCACCUCCUCAGCCACCAGCACAUCCACACUGGAGAACGGCCCUACACCUGUGGGAAAUGUGGGAAGAGCUUCAGUGACAGCUCCAACCUCCGCAGUCACCAGCGCAUCCACACUGGAGAACGGCCCUACACAUGUGGGGAAUGUGGGAAGAGCUUCAGGGAGAGCUCCACCCUCCAUGUCCACCAGCGCAUUCACACCGGGGAAAGGCCCUACAAGUGCUUGGAUUGUGGGAAGAGGUUUCAGACCAGCUCAUAUCUCCUGAAGCACAAGCAGGCACAUACAGGGAAGUGGGCCUUCCACUGCACUGACUGUGGGAAGGGGUUCAACCAGAACUCCAACCUUGUCACCCACCAGCACAUCCACACCGGGCAGAGGCCCUACAAGUGUGGGGAGUGUGGGAAGAGCUUUCCCCAGAGCUCUAACUUGACCAGACACCAACGGACCCACCGAUAA